CCGCGUCCUGUCCCGCGUCGUCCUCGCCGUGCGGCCAGCACCGCAGCUGUCGCUGCCCGAGGACGCCGCGGUGAUGGCGGCCGAGGCGCUGGCCGCGCAGGCCGUGCUGUCGCGCCUGCAGCGGCAGGAGGAGGACAUCCGCUGGCUGUGGGCCGAGGUGCAGCGCCUCCGCGACCAGCAACUGCACGACCCUGACCGCUGCCCCGCCGAGGGCGGCCCGUGCGCGACGCGGGAGGUGGCGCGGCUCCGGGCCGAGAACCGCGACCUGCGCCGGCGCCUGUCCGGCCUGCGGCGGGGCCUCUCCGGGGGGACGGGCCGCGAGGCGCCGCCCGAGUGCACGGCCCCGCCUCCUACUCAAACCCAAGGAGAGGACAUGAAGAAGGAGGAAAGUGGGCCUGCUGGUGAGGUCCAGCGUCUGCCCAGUUUCCUCCAGGAGAGAAUGAAGCUUUUUGAAACACUGAAGGACUCCCUCGGCACAGAUGAACAAAAGGAGGGUCCCCACAGCGUGAUCACUGUGAGAGUGGCCGGUGGACCAGCAGUGACCGGGCUCGCAGGGAAGACCACGCCGUACCAGGUGGCAGUUGACAUCAGUCCAGACCUGGCGGAGAGCGUGGUGGUGGCCAGAGUGGACGGCAAGCUCUGGGACUUGGAGCAGCCCUUGGAAGGUGACUGUGUCUUGGAGCUGCUGGCCUUCGAUGAGGACAAGGACGCCCAGGCCGUGUUCUGGCACUCCAGUGCCCACGUGCUGGCCGAGGCCAUGGAGCUGUACUACGGCGGUCACCUGUGCUCCUGCCCUCCCACUGAGAACGGAUUUUACUACGACAUGUUCUUGGGAGAUAGAGCUGUGUCCAGCACGGAGCUGUCGGCCCUGGAGAGCAUAUGCAAGACCAUCAUCAAGGAGAAGCAGCCUUUCGAAAGGCUGGAAGUCAGAAAGGAUGACCUCCUGGAAAUGUUUCAGCACAAUAAGUUUAAGUGCCGUAUCCUGAAUGAGAAGGUGCACACGCCCACCACCACUGUUUACAGGUGCGGCUCCCUGAUCGAACUUUGCAAGGGCCCCCAUGUCAGGCACACCGGCACAAUUAAAGCCAUAAAGAUUUUCAAGAACUCCUCCAGCUGCUGGGCGGGUGACCCGAGCAUGGAGACACAGCAGAGGGUCUACGGCAUCGCCUUCCCGGAUCCCCGGGGCAUGGACGCCUGGGAGAAGCUCCAGGAGGAAGCCAGGCACCGAGACCACAGGAAAAUCGGGAAGGAGCAAGAACUUUUCUUCUUCCACGAGCUGAGUCCAGGCAGCUGCUUUUUCCUUCCCAGAGGAGCCUUCAUUUAUAACACACUCAUGGACUUCAUUCGGGAGGAGUACCAGCAGCGCGGCUUCGCCGAAGUGCUGUCCCCCAACCUGUACAGCGCCCAGCUCUGGGAGGCCUCGGGCCACUGGCGCUACUACGGUGAGAACAUGUUCACGGUGCAGGCGGAAAAGGACACGCUGGCCCUGAAGCCCAUGAACUGCCCGGCACACUGCCUGAUGUUUGCCCACCGCCCACGGUCUUGGAGGGAGAUGCCGCUCCGACUGGCCGAUUUCGGGGUCCUCCACAGAAACGAGCCAUUGGGAGCUCUGAACGGCUUGACCCGGGUGCGUCGCUUCCAACAGGACGACGCCCACAUCUUCUGCACAGAGGAGCAGAUUGAAGAGGAGAUGAAGGGCUGUCUGCAGUUUUUACAGUCUGUCUACUCAACCUUUGGCUUCUCCUUCCAAUUAAACUUGUCCACCAGGCCUGAGCACUUCCUGGGUGAGACUGAGACGUGGGAUGCAGCGGAGAAGCAACUGCAGAACAGUUUGGUGGCAUUCGGAAGGCCAUGGACGCAGAGCCCGGGCGAGGGGACCUUCUAUGGCCCCAAGAUCGACAUCCAGAUCCAGGAUGCCCUGGGCACGUACCACCAGUGUGCGACCAUCCAGCUGGACUUCCAACUGCCCGUUCGCUUCAACCUCACGUACAUGAGCAAAAAUGGGGAGGACAAGGCCCGUCCUGUGAUCAUCCACCGAGCCAUCCUGGGAUCCGUGGAAAGGAUGAUCGCCAUUCUCUCAGAAAACUACGGGGGGAGGUGGCCAUUCUGGCUGUCUCCGCGGCAGAUCAUGGUCAUCCCCGUGGGCCCAGCUUGUGACAACUCAGCACUGCAGGUGUCCAGGCAGUUUUCAGAAGAAGGUUUCACGGCUGAUGCUGACCUCGACCACAGCUGGACUCUGAGCAAGAAGAUACAGCGUGCACAACUGGCCCAGUAUAAUUUCAUUUUGGUGGUUGGAGACAAGGAAAAAGCAAAUAGUGCCGUCAGCGUUCACACACGGGACAACAAAAUCCAUGGAGAGAUACCAAUCGCUGCCGCCAUGGAGAGACUGAGGAUGCUGCGAGCGUCUCGGACACUCAGUGCCGAGGAAGACUUUUGAGGCUCUCCCCUUGUCCUUGCUUCCAGAGAACUUGUUUUGGUCCUUGAAAAUGCAUCUUGAUUCACGUGGGUGCCGGGAGACCAAGAGGCAGUAGUUGAUCUCAAGUUUGAGUCACUCAUGCAUCUGAGCUCAGACGUGGAAAACUUUAUUUCCCAAAUGCCUCCAGAGACUUCUAUGGGAAAAAGUAAUUCCUAGAGUAGUACUAGGAAAGAAGAGUGUGAGAUAUCGUGCUAAGUCAGUGGUUAUUCAAAAGAUACACUU